GACCGCACUGGUGGACAGGCCGAACUAGCCACAGCCGUAGCUUAGAUUGUUAUGAAGCUACCCAGCUUUUAGCUAAGAGCUAACGUUAUCAACGUGAACCGCAUGCAUCACAAUUCAUCCAUAACGACAGAUUGCGGCAGCUGUUGUCAUGGGCAAGUCGCUCUCCCAUCACCCGAAGCACAAGGAUGAGUGCCAGGAGGGCCUGACCUCGGCCCCCGAGUACACCGACUCGCACAGCGAGGACGGCAGGGGCGGCGACGUGUCUCAGUUCCCCUACGUGGAGUUCACCGGCCGGGACAGCGUCACCUGCCCCACGUGCCAGGGCACCGGCCGGAUCCCACGAGGUCAUGAAAAUCAGCUUGUUGCUUUGAUUCCAUACAGUGACCAGAGGCUCCGACCCAGAAGGACAAAGCUGUAUGUGACGGCGUCAGUCAGCGUGUGUCUACUACUCUCCGGCCUCGCUGUCUUCUUCCUGUUUCCCCGCUCCAUCGACGUCUCCUAUGUGGGAGUGAAGUCCGUCUAUGUCAACUACGACCAGGCCAAACGCAUCGUCUAUCUCAACGUUACGAACACUCUGAGCAUCACCAAUAAUAACUACUAUUCUGUGGAGGUAGCUAACAUCACUGCCCAGGUGCAGUUCUCCAAGACGGUGAUUGGCAAGACUCGCAUGAGCAACGUGACCUCCAUCAGACCCCUGGACAUGCAGCAGAUCGACUAUAUGGUUCCCACCACCAUAGCGGAUGAAAUGAGCUACAUGUAUGAUUACUGCACCUUGCAGACCAUAAAAGUACACAACAUUGUGGUUAUGAUGCAGGUGACUGUUACCACGGCGUACUUUGGGCAUGCCGAGCAGGUUUCUCAGGAGAUGUACCAGUAUGUGGACUGUGGAGGGAACACCACUUCCUUACAUGGGCAUGCCAAGAUCUCCAAUCCUGUUGCACUCCCUGAAUAACACCACUGUCCAUUGAAAAGUGCUGUUCGAUAGUCCUUCAUGAAGGCCAUCCAGCUGGUUCACUGUGUUCCGUUAUACUUAGUUUGCAGGGAAAGCAAGCGUCAUGCAUUUCUGUGUGUGUGUAGGUGAUCUUGGUGUAAGAUACCCUUACUCAGUUGUGACAUUAGGAGUAGAAGUUUAGCAGUGGGAAUAGGGGGCAAAAGGCUCAUUUGUGUAAAGUUGUCCUCAUCUCUAUGGUCCUCACAUUCCCCUGUUAUGUUGGAAGGAAAGAUGCACUUUAGAUGGAUAUUGAAGAUUCAGUGCACUGUGAUGGCAUAAAACAGAAGAGAAGUCUUGGUUAAAAAUGGUAGAACCACUAACUCACUAAUCUCAAACCAGUUUUGGUUUAUAUUUGAUUAAUUUCAUGUUUUGCACUUUAUUAAAAGGCACCCAGGCUUUUGUGAGAAAGUGAAACCCUAGGAAAGAGCUAGUUUGAUGUACUAAGCAUUCAUACAUUUCUAUUGUAGGGACUGUGAAUGUGUUUGGUAUGGUCUGUCCCAACUAAGAGUUUUCCUUGGUUUCAUUUUCAGAUUCUUAUUGUGUCAAUAAAAGGUCAAAUUAAUUUCAAGCACAUUUUAUAUGGUAAAUGGUGGUAGGACAGUAUGCUACUUUUCUGAGCUAUUCUACAGUUUUUGCCUUUAAAGCAGGCAUUUUGUUCUCCAUUGUCAUAUUUUAGUGCAAGUACCUCUUGUCUACUACAUUUGACAUUAUCACCUCAUAAUCUCAUGUGAUGUUACUACUAAUAUUUAUUGCCUUUACUCUGUAUUUAUUUGUUCAGAUCUCACUGUUGUGCAAUAUUGCUGUAUGAAUGAUGUAAAUGUGAAAAAGUCUUUGGGAAGGCUUUUUGUUUGAAUGACCCAAUUGGGUUGUCGCCAAUGGAAUCUUUACUUGCCUGUGUCUACUGAGUAAAUUUGACAUGUCAUAGUCUCUUCAUUUUGAAAAGUCGAAAAGGCAUGUUUUUCUUCAUGUUGCACUUCUCCAUCGAAGUCUCAGCACCACACAGUGGUAUAUGUAGAAACACCACUGGAAGUUUGUUCAAUAUGUGGCCCAGUUUACGGAGGGAAGUCCCAAAAAAAACAGUCUAAACCACAGUGUAGAAAAUAAAAAACAAGGAAAGCUAAUUGAUGUUCAUGAUCUAGGCAUUACAAAAUAAACCAUGUAUGUUUGAGACUGGUGCAUUGAGCAAUGAGUUUACUUGCAGUGAAUUUACAAACACUUAAGUCUUCGUUCAUCUAAAGAGUUGAGCUCCAGUUUAGUUGUUACCUGUACUUGUAUGUGAAAGGUACAGUUAAUUUCAAGAUGAAUUUUAGAUGUGAGGAUAAUGAGGAGCAGCCACAGUCUCCUUUAAGCCUCAGGUUGGAAGUGCUGUCCCUUUCAUCGUGUUUUAAAAAAGGUAAUCAUUCGCAAGUAAAAAAAAUGUUUAACUUGUGACUUGCAUAUUAUUAAGGGAAAAUGUUGAAGAAAUUACCUGGCAUAUGGGAUAGGUUUUGUUAUACUAGAUGAAUUACUUAAAAAUUAUGCUUUACUUUAAUACUGAUAAUUUCUACAAAGGUUUGGGAAACUUCUCUUUGUAAAUAUUUGAAUUAAGUUUACAAGAAUCUGAAUGCAUACACAAACAUUUGAUGUCUACACGACCGCAGCUUGUUUAGACUAAUGCUGUAUUUUGCUAUGGUUGCUAAGAUAAGGCUGUUAACAGUUCAGCAGUAACAUCAAUGGACGCCUGAAGAGGUUGGGUAGAGCCGCUGAAAUGGCUGUUUGUGAAUGUGAGAAGGGAUUGGGUUUAGAACCCGUGCCCUGGCAUGCUCGUCAGGCUGAUGCCUGGUGUUCAGCACGUGACGGCGCAUUAGUUCUCAUUCUUAAUGUAGUGUCAUUUGAACAUUUGUUUUUUUUGUUUUUUGUCAUCACGGCAUGGUGCAUAAUUGAUGCAGUCAGUUUCUCAGAUUUCUGUGUCAGAACGAUGUUUUGCAAAUGAUCCAUCAUUUUUGCAGUCUUGCACAUGUUAUUUAUAGCUAUGGUUAUUUUGAUGAUGUUAUCCAUUCAAACUUCUGUUUGUUUUCUGUUUGUUUGGGAAUGGAUAUUAAAGUACAAAUGCAUUUCGUAAUAGUAAUAUUACAGUGGAAGGUAUAAUAAUAAAAAAAUCUAACCGAAGGAUUCAUGUCCAGGUUGUCACCUCCAAUUACAAGGUGACAGCAGAACAGCAAUUAUUUGCUGUAUAGCCUUCACACAUUCUUAAGACCAUAGCUGUAGAAUUAGCUGUGUGAGAGUACACAGAGGACUGUCUUUGGUAAUACACUUGUUUACACACAUUUCCAUCACAUGGCAUGUGUUACAUACUUGUUUUGUGAGUUUAUUUUUUAUUUUGUUUUCCCACAACUGAUGUGUGCUUUUCUAAUGUAAUACUAUUGUUUCUUCUCAGCAUGAAAAUAAAAUGGAAAUUUCAAUCA